AUGUCCACCACGGUCCUCCUGCGCCUCUGGGCUCGCGGCGUAGAGGGCCCAAGUGGCUGCAAAGUGCGCAACGGAGACCAACGUGUAGUGAUUUACUACACGAGUCUCCGUGUGGUGCGGAGGACCUUUGAGGAUUGCAGGGUGGUCAGAUCGAUCCUCGGAGGGUUUCGGGUCCCCAUUGACGAGCGAGAUCUGUCAAUGGACUCCAAGUUUGUACAGGAGCUGGAGGAGGUCACUGGGAGCAAGGACUUGAACUUGCCCAUGGUUUUCGUCAGCGGAGACUACAUUGGUGGCGCCGAGGAGGUGAGGCAGCUCCAUGAAAGCGGAGAGCUAAAGACAAUACUCCAAGGACUCCCGGUGGUGGAGUCCAAAACUUGUGAUGUGUGCGGAGGGCUGAGAUUUAUUCUCUGCCAGACUUGCAACGGAAGCCACAAACUCUACAGACAGAAAGAUGGGUUUUGCCCUUGUAUGGACUGUAACAUGAAUGGCAUGAUUACGUGCCCUUCAUGUUCAACUGCGGGACAGUAA